AUGGAGCAAUUCGAAGCCGCUCUCGAAACGGUGAAUCCUGUUCUGCGUCUGCCACAGAAAAACGACUAUAUUGCUUCAAAAUUCGACCUCAAAGCACGAGAAACAGUCAAACGGGAAUAUCCUCACGUCAUACAAGACGAUGCAUGGUGUCGAAUUUGGUUCAAGCAAGACGACGAAUACAAACUCCCAAUAGCUGUAACUAGGGUCGCACUCAUUUCUCCAGCGGUCAUGAAGUCUCUACAAUCACAAGUGCUCUUGAAAAUCUUCUCAGCGUGUUUGCAGGACGCUUUGACGGAAGAUGUUUCGAAUGCGGAGCUGGCUGGCGUCAGCUGCAACAUAAGUGAGAAGGAUUUCGGGCUGUUACUGGAAGUGAUGGGUUACGACGAAAAACAACCACAACUUGUCGAGCAUAUUAUCAAGCGAAUGAUUGACUUCAAACCGGAUCCUCUCCGCUUUGACGACUUAUUCGACGGCGUGAAGCGAUCAUUUAAGAACUUUGUAGUUUCGGAACCUACUACACUAUCAGAGUACUAUGUUGAGCUAUUACUCAAAAACGAGUGGACUAUGGAACAGGCUAUUGCUAUUUUCAAAGGAAAGCGCUCUUUCUGUGAAGUUCCGGGAAUCUCUGCACGAAGUCCUAUGAUAUGGUUAAACAGUUUUAGAUCUUAG